AUGGCGUCACUAGCGAUCUCAUCAAAGCAGAAGAAGAAAGGGAAAUUGACUGUGCGUAGCGGACGGUCGAAGAAGAAGUCAUGGACCCGCUCGUCACACGGCACGCGUGGUGCGUCGAAGCGAGCUCAGGAAUUCGCGGGUCAGGAGGAGCCAGCGAGUAAUAAGAGCAUCGUAAACCAUGUGUACGAGCGUGAUCCGAAGAACUACGGCGAAGCAAUGCGAAGUCCUAAAAGCGAGGACUGGAAGAAGGCGAUGUGUGAAGAAUUGGAAGCGCUCGAGAACAACGACGUUUGGCAUCUUAUCAAGCGUCCGAGCAGCAGCAAUGCACUCCACACGAAGUGGGUGUACAAGACAAAGAUGACUGCUGAUGGGGAUGUCGAAUGCCUUAAAGCGCGACUUGUGGCGUGCGGCAAUGAGCAAGUUUUUGGAGUUGACUAUGUCCUCACAUUUGCUGCCGUGAUGGACAUGUCCACGGUGAAGAUAAUAUUACCUCUUGCAGUAACGUGGGGAGUCGUCGCAAAGCAUGGCGACAUCCCUAACGCCUACGUAAAGGCUGACAAAGAGGCUGAUUUGGAGAUACUUUUACAAGUACCAAGAGGAAUGGAUGUGAGCAGUGAUACUAUCAAGUCACUGAGGGCAUCGAGCGUGAUUGAACUGGUGUUACAGCUUCGCAAGAGUUUGUACGGCCUUAAACAGGCCGGGAGGCUCUGGAGCCAAUUACUACAUGCACGGCUUAUUGACGUUGGUUUCCAGCAGUGCGUGUCGGAUAUGUGUUUAUACUGGAAGAAGGAUGGGAGAGACCUCGUGAUUGUCGGGGUCUACGUUGAUGACAUGCUAGCUACUGGUACGGACGCGGCAGCAGUCGAUCGUUUCUUCGCGAGUCUAGGCAGUCUGUCUAUCAAGGACCUAGGAGCAGUCAACAAGUUCCUAGGAAUGCGAGUGGAGGUUGACAAUGACGGAGGAUAUAUUAUCGAUCAAGAAGUUGCAAUUAACGACAUCCUAAAAGAUCAUGGUCUCGAAGAUGCAAACUCAACGCGGACCCCCAUCGGUGCAGAUUGUUACGAGAUCCCGACGACAGACAGCGCUCUGCUUGUUAAUGCAGAAGGAGGAGCUCCAAGCAUUCGAAGCUUCCAAUCGCUCGUCGGUAGUCUUCUCUGGGUGUCGAGAUGUACGCGGCCAGACAUUGCAUUUGCCGUCCACAAGGCGACGCGCCAGACGCACCAGCCGCGAGUCCAUGAUUACAAGCUCGCGAAACGCAUCGCGAGGUACUUGAAGGGUACCUGCAGCUUCAAGCUACGGAUGACACCGGCGUCGAGCGCGCGCGAGACAGUGAACUUGGAGUCGAACUCAGACGCGGACUUCGCUGCUGAUAAGCUGGACCGGAAGUCGUUGACGGGCGGAGUCAUCUUCUUGAACGGCAUAGCGGUGACUUCGGAGCAAACGCGCGAGUUACUUGGGAUCCGAGAGAUGCUGCGCGAAAUUGGGAUGCCACCCGGACUGCCGAUGACGCUAUACAUCGAUAAUCAAGCCGCUAUCAAGCAGCUGGAUGGCGAGGCGUCUUCCUUGAAAGCCAAGCACAUCGAUGUGCGGCUCAAGUUUAAGCGGGACUACUCAAGACGCGAGAUUAUACAGGCGCAGUACGUCAGGUCUGAAGCCCAGGUUGCUGACCUAAUGACGAAGGCCCUGGAUGCGGCCAAGCUUGCGUCGCUGUGCGAGUUGAUGAGCCUCGGUAGAGACAGGACUCGAGGAAAAGAAGGGGAUUAUGGUGGUGCCGCAGUCGAGGAGGAGUGUUGA